UAAAUGUCAAAUUUUGCUGGUCUAGAAAAAAAUGUGUUUUGUAAUGGUGGUUUUAGUAAAAACAGUGAUAAGUGAUGGUGUCUUAACAUUUUUUAGGCCUUGAGAGGACGUUUAUUUUAUAAAAUUAUGGACUCUUUUAACGUUUUCCAACUCGAAACAUUAUGAUUUUCACACUCUUUGACCGCAGACGAAAAAUAAAAUUUCGUACUGUCGGUUUGGAUUCCUAAUUGGCAAUCAUUACAUUUGCAUAUCUCCAGACUAUUAUAUAAAAAUAUACCAUCUAGUAAAAAAUGGCUCAAGCAGUUAGUCAAAAACGCGGCAGGGGUAGCAGUACUGGCGAGACUUCUUCUGCUUCAUCGAGUUCCACGAAUCAACUAACUACCUUAAACACCACCCCAGGAACCCUCACCGAUGAGCUCGCUGCAUUGUUCGAAUGUCCAGUUUGCUUUGAAGUUGUUUUACCUCCGAUAAUGCAAUGCCAGGUGGGCCAUUUGGUUUGCGCCAGUUGUCGUCCGAAAUUAUCCUGUUGCCCCACUUGUCGAGGUACUUUAGGUAAUAUCCGAAAUUUAGCCAUGGAAAAAGUUGCUAAUAACCUAAUGUUUCCCUGUAAACACAAAGCCACGGGAUGUAGAAUGUCCUUAGGUCUAAACGAAAAGGCGGAGCACGAAGAGAUUUGCGAAUUUCGUCCUUACAGUUGUCCCUGUCCUGGUGCUUCUUGCUCAUGGCAGGGUCAAUUGGACAAAGUCAUGGUCCAUCUUCAGCAUGCUCACAAGAACAUAACCACGCUGAACGGCGAAGACAUCGUCUUUCUAGCCACUGAAAUCAAUUUGGCCGGCGCCGUGGAUUGGGUGAUGAUGCAGAGCUGCUUCGGCCACCAUUUCAUGCUCGUCUUGGAGAAACAAGAAAAAAACGACGGUCACACUCAGUUCUUCGCCAUCGUCCAACUCAUAGGAUCUCGAAAGCAAGCCGAGCACUUCGCGUAUAGAUUGGAACUGAACGGCAAUCGAAGAAGGCUGAUAUGGGAAGCAGUGCCUCGGUCGAGCCACGAGGGAGUGGCGUCCGCCAUCAUGGGCAGCGAUUGUUUGGUUUUUGACAACUCCAUUGCGCAGCAUUUCGCAGACAACGGAAAUUUGGGCAUCAACGUUACCAUUUCUUCAGUUAGUCCGAUGAAAAAUCAAGCGCUGUGUCUGUUUCAUUGAUGCGCGGUCUUUUGUUUUCGAUUCGGUCCUUGCAUCACUUUGCUCUCGGAAAUUUCCAUAUCUUUACAUUUUUUACAUUGAUAAUCAAUUCGAAACUGAACAAUUGUUAUUACUGUGGAUCGGCGUUGUUGGUAUUUCGACAACGUCGUCGGCAGUACUGAAAAUUACAUAGGAAAUGAAACGCAUUAAAGAAAGAAAAAAGAACACCAAUAACACUUAGAUGCUAUUUUAUAUAUUUAAUAUAUUCCCGUAAAAGGUUCGUUGUAAUUUUAUUUUCUCUUUUAAAAAAUGGAUAUGUUUUCGUUAGGAAUGCCUGCUUAAUUUGGGACAUAUUGUAACUUAAACGCUAAACUCGGAAAAAACCCUUAUUUUAACAUAUCUGACAGGAUAUACUGAGAUUGUUAACUUGAUUUGUCAAACUGUUCAUUUGAUAAGCAAUAUUGAAUAUCUAAUGACUCGGUAUAUUUUUGCAGCAUUUGUAUAAUAAUUCUAGUAAGUAAUAUUCAAUAAUAAUAAUGCCUUUAACUGUUUAGCGUUCGAGUGACCAUUAUUUUUAAGAUAUUUUUAUAUUAAUAACAUCCCAUUAGGCAUUAACUAACUAUUGUGAUAUAAAAGUACAGUUAAUUGUAAUUAUAAAGAACUUAAUUUUUUUUUGUAACUUGAUCGUUUUGUAAAUUUUUAAUUCUUUCGUGUGAGUUUCUAUAAUGGAGAGCUUCUAAAAAAAUAACAAUCACGACACGAUUAACUCGCUGGUCGCAGCACUUCAUUCUCAUAAAAUGUAUCAAUAAUCCAAUAAAUAGAGCGAUUAGCCAACAAUCUAAUGAUCAAUUUAGUCUCUCUAAUUAGUGGAUUACUGCUGGUAUAUAUAUUUUUUAUUUUACUGGGUUUUUAUUUGGAUAUUAUCAAUUUUUGGAGCUCCUCCAACUAUACAUAAGUUGAAUGUUACCUCUAAAUUUGAUGAAUAUAUUAUUUCCAUCGCCUAUAAUGGUUGCAAUACUUAUACAAUUAAAUAACGAUUUAUAUUGCUAUUUUACCAUUAGAGUUAAGUAUAAAUACAGGGUGUUUAGUUGAAAAUUGCGAUUUAAAACGAUAAAAAAACGAAUUAAACAUUCUGUAUGUAAUUGCAUUGCCUGAUAAAAAAAACGUAUUUUAUAAGAAAAAUAUAUCAUCAAAAUUUAAGAAAAUUUUAUGCUCUACCGCAUAAUAUGUAUAAGUGAUUUGUACUCGAUUAUUCUCAUUAGUUUGCUCCAAAGAAGAACAAACUCGAAUUGAUUUUUCCAACUUUUUCUACGUGAACUGAAUGAUUUUUUCACUGUUAGAUAUGCUAAUCCAGCUAGUCCUUGUUUGGUGAAUUUCGUAUUCAAUGAAGAGUAAAACUCCUCCGCGAAUAUCCCAAAUUCUGUUAUCCUUACUUUUUGUACUAAUUAAGGUAAAUCUAAUAAAUUAUUUAGUUUCAUCAGCUAACGGUUCUUGUAUAUAAACUUCGCUGUUUUAUUUUCUUUUAAUACUUUUAAUGAUACGAAAAUGGUGAUUUUGAUUGACUGAAUUUUUUUUAUGAUAGUAGUUAUUUUUAGUUGUAGUAAGAAUGGAAUAUCGACUGGAAGAAUCAUUCAGCGUUGAGGCAAAUUCAGAGGUAUAUCUACGAAAUAUCCUAGAUUUGUUUGCAUUUCGCAUUUUGUAUACAUUGUAUUAUAUAGUUAGUUAUGUUAAAUUUUCCGGAGUAACAACUAUAUGGAAAUCCCAUUUUCACCUAGUUGUUAUACACCUGUUUGUAUAAAUCAUUUUCGGUAAUAAAAAUUUAGUGUACGUUUAGCGAUUUUAUUUUUAUCAUUUAAUUUUGUACAUUUUGUCAUACUUACUUUUGUUUAUUUAGCUUUGUAAGGAAAAUGUUUAUAAUAAUUUUCAAUAAAAGUUUAACAUUUUUGUUCUUAAA